GACUACGUGCCGUUGUUUCUCCCACAGGCAGACAGUUGAACGUCGCGCUCCGAGCUAGUAACACGCGUGAGCUCCCGUUCGAUAGACAACACUAGUGUGCUCUGAUACCUAACUCUCUUGUCUUCUAACAGAGUUUCGGUCUGUCACUCUUGUUGUAUUAUGCCGCGCGAAGUGUUUCGAUAAAUUGACUACAUUUAUGUUUACCCUCAAAUGCUGGGAUAUACUUCCUAUAGGGACUGGACGCCAGGAGGCGCCACUGCCCAGCAGCAGUUGUCAGUCGUGACCACCGUGUGGGGAGUCACCACGUCCACGCAGUCGGGCCCCCACGGGGGUGGCUACACGGGAGGCCCGACUCCUACAGGCAACCCCGUCUACGGCGGCGGUAACGGCUUGGCCAAGGUGCAGCAGAACUCCUACCAGUCGGCUUACAGGCAGAGCGUUCCUCCUGGAGUGGGCGGUUAUGGUGCAAAUAAUGUUAUGAACGGCGGCGACAACGGAUACGGAGGUGGUAAUGCUCUUUCCACUGCAGCCAUGGUAGCUGCAGCGACCGCCACAGCAACUGCCACCGCCAGCGUGGUGGCACUCCAAGACAACGGCCAGUUCAACAACCAGCAAUACUCGCAGGGCUACCAACAAAGGAUGAUGCCCAUGAACGGCAUGAACGGAAUGAACCCCAUGAGCAGCAUGCAGAACAUGAACAUGGGUGGCAUGCACAACAACGUCAACGUCAUGGGCAAUAUGGGCGGUUCGAUGGGGCCUAAGAUGGGCAUACAGGGCCCUGGACCUACUUCCAACUCCAUGUAUCCCAGGCGGAUGGCUCCCUAUCCUUCCCCGGCCAUGCACAUGUCCCAGAAAAGGAACACCCAGCAGAACUACCCCAACGCCUGCCCGACGAUGAACCCCAACAUGAAUCCUUCCCUGAAUCCAUCGAUGAAUCCUAAUUUCAACCCCAACGCGCAGUACCCCGCGUACGGAACUAGGCAGCCUAGCUUCAACCAGUAUCCCUCUCAGCAGUCUUUGGGUCCUACAGGUAACUUUGGUCCGGGACCAGGCAACAUGGUUCCUGUGGGAAACCCGAGGCAACUGAGGCAAGCUACCCCACCCUACACAAACCAAGGACAGUAUUUCACGAACGGGUCGAUGAACCAGUUCCCUUCAAGUAACUCUGGCCAGUACAACAUGAACAACAACGCGAGUGGACAGUACGUCACCAACACUUCUGCUCACCAGUUCCAGCAAGACGUCGCGAUGAGGAACAACAUGAAUUACCAGCACAGUCCGAUUCCUGGAAAUCCUACGCCACCUUUAACGCCGGCCAGUAGUAUGCCCCCUUACAUUAGCCCCAACCCCGAUGUCAAACCAAACUUUAGUGACCUCAAACCGCCAAUACCAACGCAAAAAGAUGAUGAACUCAGGCUGACGUUUCCAGUAAGAGACGGCAUCAUCUUGCCACCGUUCCGACUAGAACACAACUUGGCGGUUAGCAAUCACGUAUUCCAGCUGAAGCCCACCGUUCAUCAGACGCUGAUGUGGCGUCAGGACCUAGAGCUGCAGCUCAAGUGCUUCCACCACGAAGACAGACAGAUGAACACCAAUUGGCCUGCUUCGGUACAGGUGUCCGUCAAUGCGACGCCUCUCAUCAUCGACAGAGGAGAGAACAAGACCUCCCACAAGCCUCUUUACCUUAAGGAUGUCUGCCAACCCGGCAGAAACACCAUACAAAUCACCGUGUCAGCAUGUUGUUGUUCACAUCUGUUUGUUCUACAACUGGUGCACAGACCAAGCGUCAGGUCAGUCUUACAGGGCCUACUGAGGAAACGACUCCUAACGGCCGAUCAUUGCAUAGCGAAGAUCAAGAGGAACUUCAGUAAUACCGGCUCAGGUCCUAACAUGGAACGCGACAGAGACGCCGUGGAACAAACGGCCCUCAAGGUGUCCCUGAAAUGUCCCAUUACAUUUAAACGAAUCACACUGCCUGCGAGGGGACACGAAUGCAAGCAUAUACAGUGUUUCGAUUUGGAGUCCUACCUACAACUCAAUUGUGAGAGGGGGUCGUGGAGGUGUCCUGUUUGCAACAAACCAGCACAAUUAGAAGGCCUAGAGGUCGACCAGUACAUGUGGGGUAUACUUAAUACUUUAAGCACGUCGGAUGUGGAAGAAGUCACAAUUGACAGCUCCGCUAAUUGGAAGGCAGCAAAAGGCAAUGGACCAGGAAUUAAGAUGGAAGACGAAGGCAACGACUCCUGUGGAGCCAAGAGGAAUAAAGCGAUGUCUCCUGGAAGCAUGACGCUGCCGACGAUGAACAACUGGGACAUGCAAGCAAUGUCGCCUUACUUGCCCCCAGACAUGAACAGUAUUGCAAGCGGGUCCAUGAUGAAUGGACCGCCAUCCUACAAUUCCAGGAAUAACAUGAACGACAUGACUUCGUAUUCCGGAAGUAAUGAAUAUCUCAGCGGAAACGGACCGCUGUCCCAUCUGAGCGAAUCCGUGAAUUCUCUGGAUCCGCUCAACGCAAUGGAGAAGAGUUUGAAUGAACAGAUGCCGCACACACCUCACACGCCUCACACACCUCACACCCCUCACACGCCAGGGGGGACCCCGGGAUCGGCUCACACACCCGGUGGAGGGACAGGCCCUCCGAGUGUCCCGCCGCCCACAGACAGCCACAACAACAGUUCCAGUUCAAACAGUAGCACUAACAACAACGGUGGUAGCACAAAUCAAGACAGUUCAGUUCCAGAAAUUCCCUCGGAUCUCAAUUUUGAUCCUGCCGCUGUCAUCGACGGUGAAGGAACAGGACAAGAGGCUCUUAAUUUACUACCAGACAGCGUGGACCCCAUGGAACUGCUAUCAUACUUGGACCCCCCUGACCUGAACACGCCGCCGUCCAGCGGCAGCAGCUCAGGGCACGCUAACAACUCCGCAAACGACGAUAUCCUCGCUCUGUUUGAAUAAAAGCCGAGUUCCUGAACUCACCUACCACACCAGUGGUGGAUUAUGUGAGUGAACAAAAGUGUGAUAAAAACAAUAACCGUGUUAAUAAUUAUUGAAGAAAAAAGGUCUAAAUCAAAUAUUUUCAUUUGUAAAAUUUGUAUAUAAAUACUUAAAUUAUGGCAUUAUGACUUUCUUCUAUUGGUCCAUGACUUACAUGGUGAACCUCAUGAGAGUAACGGGAAAGAUUGUUAACUAAUGGCCACAAACUUAUUUACAGUCUUAAUAUACAUGUAUAUACUGGUUUGAUAUAUUAAAAAAUAAAUACGUUGAAGGCAUUGUUAAUAAUUUUUCUCGUUUGUGAGAAAAUAAGCAUUAUGCGUCUAAGUUCUAAACUUUUAAGGCUGCAGAUUCACAGCGCUGGUCAAAAUUUCGGCAACCAUGUAGAUAUUUUACAUGUAGGUAAAUAAAUAUAAAAAUCGUUAUUCCCCAACAUGACGAAACUGCUGUUAUAUAGCGGAAAUAACUUGUUAAUUAUAUAAUAUAGGGAACGACGAUGGUCAAUAAGGCUUGGAUCUGCUGAGGCGAGGGAUAUAAAAAUGCAGCAGAGUGCAUUUAGGGACACCUGGGAUCGGUUUUACAACUCAGCAGAAUUAUUUUACUGUUACCUUAACCUCUGAGACUGUUAUUAUUUUUUUUUAAGGUAUUUCCAUAAAAUUUUAUGGAGCAAUUUUUGGCCAGCCCUGUACCGAUUGUACAAAUUUUGUUUGUGUAAGCCAAAAUUAUAAAUAGUAUUAAGGACCAAUGGGUUAAAGUUAUGAACGAUUAUGGCCAGUCUAGUAUAGUAUUAACUACAUAAAAUAUACCUAAUAGUAGAAAAUUUGGAACCAAAUUCUAGGUAUUUUAGGACUGUUUACCAGUCUUUUUUGCAUCUCGAUGUGCAUAGGCUUCAAGUAUUAUAUGCUGUAAAAAAUUCUGUGAACCUCUUAUGGCAUCAGACGAGACACUUUGGAGGACGCGUUGAAAUUGCUACGUGGCAUGCAAUAUUCAGUAACAAAUUUCUGCCCAACGCCCGUUUUUAACUUUUGUAGGUGGAAUAUUUAAUGCUAAAAUACUUCUACCGAUAUGAUACGUCAGAAGUGAACUUUUUAGUUUUUAUUAACGAAUUUUCACAGGUGAAAUGAAAAAAUACUAUUUUUUUUUUUUUUUCAGAAAGUUCGAACUGCUAAUUCCUCACAACUUUUUUAGUGCUUAUCUGACUUGAUUCAAUUUUUUUUCAAAUAUGACACUCUCCAGAUGUGUAGAUUGAAAAAAUUCAAAACUCAUGUUAGACAUUUCGAUGAAUCGAACGAAUUUAAUUGAAUGAAUAAAAUUUUCAUUAGAUAUUACGUCGAUGAAAAUAUGGUUACUACUAUAUUUUUUAAUGAAACAAAACACAUAUUAAAUUGACUUGAAAAUAAUUUUUAAUGAAAAUUUUUCCACAAAAACAAAAAAAUUAGUGAUUUUUUCAAUCUCUUUAGUAUCUCGGGUGGCGUUGCAUUUAAACAGUAUAUGUAAUUGAAUUUGCUUGAAGAUUAAACGUAAUGAAUUUGAUAUUUUAAAGAAAAUUUAAGUAAAAUCAGACAAAAACUAAAAAAGUAUACAGUCCGUACGAUAUUUGUUGAGAUAGAACUCCAAGCUAAGAAUAAGCCAAUAAAGUUCUGUAAUCAGAACUACUGUAACAAUUUACCGUGGCAGGGGCGUCCCUCGAAAUUUUAGAGGUUAUUUUGAGAAAACUAAAACUUUUUAGAUUAUCUUUCAUUUAAGAUUCUCCCUAUAAUUGCUAAAGAUACUCCUGCAGCAGCUACAACAUUGUUUUUAUUUUCAUUUGGAAAAAUUGUCUUAAAAUAUUUAUACACGUUAAACACGAUACUCUUCGACUGGGAAGUAAGUUGCUGUCUUUUAUUUUUCACCUCUAUUGAUUUAUUUUAAUAAGAAAUUACACUGAUAGAAACACGCCUUCAUAACUGCAACACUCUGCACUGCAAGCUGCUACGGUGAAUGCCAAUGUCUUUCUACCUCAGGUGUCAAAUGUGGUUAUUCUAAGGGACGCAGGGGUCUUCUUGUAUUUCUAUCUCAACAAAUAUCGUAUGUUAGAUCAUUCAUUUUACCAAUGAAGGAAUUUAUUAUUGUAUUAUUUCAUAAACUACCUUCAUCACCAUUAAUUUUUUUGCUUUUUACAAAAUUCGAUUUGGAUAAAGUAUAUCUGACGUGGUUUUUAACGAAAACUACAUACUCCAUACUUACCAAAAAUUAUCAAGCAACUAUUAAAAGCAUGUAUUUGAACGAAAGUUAAAACUAAACGUUGAACGUACUUGAUUUCACUGAUUUUGACAAUUUUCAAAAGGUACUUAAAAAUAUGGCCUCAUAAUGAUCAUAAAAUUCUGCAAUUAUAAUUUUUUUUAACAUGUAGAUAACAUAAUUUUGAAGCAACGAACAAAGAACUCAAAAUAUAUUUUUUAAAUGUGAAUUCACAAAAAAAUCGGAGGAUAUUCUGAUUCCUUUAAAAAAAUAAACCUAUGCUGGCACUAACUCAAAAACUCUGGCCACCAAAAUGAAGAAAAUUACUGUAUAAAAAAAAUAUUCCAUUUUAUCACAGCCAAAUUUUAUGAAAUUCGAUCUGUAUUUAUUCUCCGGGCUACCAUUUUUUUUUUUUUUUUUUUUAGUUGGCGGCUGAGGUUUUCUGCAUGUUGCAUGUCCCACAUGAAAUUAUAUUAUGGAAGUUGUAUUUGAACACAAACACCACAUAUAAUAUUUUUAAUUGAUGAGAACUCUGAUAAGUCUGUGAUAUAAAGUUUAAUUAUAAGUAAUUUUAACAUAAUUCAAUUAUAUUGUAUAUUAAAUGAUGACCGAUCGUCAUUAAAUUUAACAGAAAAAAAUAUUAUAUUGUGUUAUAUCGUGGCAUCUGUUUGUGAAAUUAUCAUUUGAAUUUGAUGUGAUAGAAAUAUAUAUUUUGGUAAAAAUAAUCUUAUGCGUUUUAUUUACGAAAACCUUUAAUGUGUCUGUCUGUCUGUGUGUAUUAUCCGACCUGGGGUCCAAGUUUCUAACACUAACGCACUGUUAUAGCUACCGAUGCAAGGUUCACAGGAAUUUUCUACUUCUAAUUGCCAAGAUUAACUCAUUCUAAAAUUUAGACGAAAUAGAUGUCAAUAUAAGUUAUAUGUAAUAAGUAGAGAAAAAUAUUUAUGCAAAGUUUACAAUUAGUUACACGAUUAAUAUAACAAAAACCACUAAUUUGCUUCCAGGAGUUGUAAACUUUCUAUAAAUAAGCGUUCAGUAUAAAAUCAUGCCAAUAAUUUGUUUUUUGUUUUUAUAAGAAUAAUCUCGCUUAACAAAACACUUGCCAAUCAUCUCGCUAAACGAUCGAUUUAUUUCUAAAAAGGAGGACCAAUUAUUUUUUCAAUUUUUUUUCUACCGAAAAUGAAAACUUUAGUACUUUUAGACCAAUUUAACAUAUCAUUUAUAAUUUUUCCCUAUUAAUUUUGGACCAAUAUAGUAAGAUAACUUUCUCGAAUAUUUGUUUGAGUAUUAGUGCAGUAUACCUAUACAUAUAUAAAAAAAAGAAACCAAUUGAGUUAAGCUAAUUAUUGGCAAUUUUAUAUUAGUUUUUUAUGAAAUAUUGAAUAGAAUAAAUUAUUAUGUAGUGAAGAAGAACUAUGUAUAAUUUUUGCAAAAUAAUGUAAAUAUAUUGUACAUUCAUUUAUGAAAAUAUUAUGUCUAUGCAUAAUACUUGUUUUUUCUAUUCUUCGUUCUAGUAUUUUAUGGGGAUUAUUUUUUUUAUCAUUUUAUGACAUUAUUAUUGUUCAGUACAAAUGAAAGUUUAUUUUUUAAUAUUAUCUAAAUUAGUCCUUGUAUAUUUUAUUUUUAAUUUAAUUUUUUCAACAUGUGUUAUCCUACUUUAUUAUCAGUGUUUUGUGCAAUGAAUAAAAAUGUAGACUGAUAGUUUUAAUAUUUA